UCGGGGUUAUAGCUUGGUUGGUGGAGUCCUUGCCUAACAUGUAUAAAGUACCAGGUUUAAUCUCUGGCACUGCAUAAGCCAGGCAUGAUGAUAUAUGCUUAUAAAGGUAGCACUGGAGAGGUAGAGACAGGAGGGUCAGAAAUUCAGUACCAUUGUCCAGUACAUAAUGAGUUUGAGGUCAGCUGGAGCUGUAUGAGACCCUGUGUCAAAAACAGAAGACAAAGAAUGAAAAUAAGUCGUCUAUUCAUCUCCAAAGAAUCCCUGGACAUUAGAUGAAGCAACCACAAAAGAUGAGAGAGGGAAUACAGUACCCACGUAACAGCACCACCAUCAGAGACUGUGGGAAUGAAAAGGCAUGAGGGUGGGUCCAGAACGCCAGCCCUGCCAUGCCCAUCCGGGUGGAUCCAGAACGCCAGCCCUGCCAUGCCCAUCCGGGUGGAUCCAGAACGCCAGCCCUGCCAUGCCCAUCCGGGUGGAUCCAGAACGCCAGCCCUGCCAUGCCCAUCCGGGUGGAUCCAGAACGCCAGCCCUGCCAUGCCCAUCCGGGUGGAUCCAGAACGCCAGCCCUGCCAUGCCCAUCCGGGUGGAUCCAGAACGCCAGCCCCGCCAUGCCCACCCAGGUGAAUCCAGAAUGCCAGCCCUGCUGUACCCACCCAGGUGGAUCCAGAACACCAGGCCUGCCAUGCCCAUCUGGGUGGAUCCAGAAUGCCAAGCCUGCCACGCCCACCUGGGUAGAUUCAGAAUGGGUGGACUGGGAAGACUACAGUUCUGUUCAUCUCUAUAGCGUCCACCAAAGGCUAUUGUGUGAAGCCCCAACCUCAGGGCGAUGUUUGAGAUGGGGCUGGAGGGAGUGGCUCCUGGCAUGGGCUCCCAUCAUUCACCUGGAGCUUCAUGGUCUGCUGGAGACAGGAGCUGCUCUUCACACGCAUUUUCAGCUGAGCACGGAUGGCGCUUUGAGGAAGAAUGCUCGCUAUUUGUCGAGCUGCCUCUGCUGCCUCUGCUCCUAG